UUUAUCUUCACUUAGUUACAUAGCUUUGAAUAUGACGCUAGUCACUGCUUGGCUUCUCGUCUUGGGGUUUUGGGGUAGUUCGGUCGAAGGCACAUUCGAAAAUGGUAGAGUGAUCGGGGGCUCCCCUGCGCCCGACAACGCUUACCCUUAUCAUAUAGCGAUAUGGCGACGUGAUUGGUCAUUAAAAUGGGUAUAUCAUUGUGGAGGAUCGAUUAUUAACGAGCGACAUGUGCUGACAGCGGCCCAUUGUGUUUCGGGUGGACAGGAUGCCGCGAAUUUCAGGAUUGUUGCCGGGAAUCACAAGUUAAGCGACGUCCAGCAGGCUGUCUACGCCGUUUCUGAGAUUAUCAUCCACGAAGACUUUGAACGCUUCGCGUUGAAUGACGAUAUAGCCAUACUGAAACUGAACGAAGCUAUCACAUAUGGUGUAAGAAUUCAACCUGUAGGGCUAGCCGAAGUGUAUCCACCACCGGGUACCAACUGCACGGUGACGGGAUGGGGCCUUGUGGGGUAUCCGUCGUAUAACACUCCCGACGAACUGCAAUACAUACAACUAAAAACCAUUUCUCUCGACGAAUGCAAGGCAAGAUUGGCACCUGUCGGUGUGGCUGUCAGCGACGAGCAAAUCUGCACACUUACCAAAGCAGGAGAAGGUGUCUGCAAAGGCGACUCCGGAGGACCACUUGUGGACAACGCUAGUGGUAAACAAAUCGGCGUGGUUUCGUGGGGGCCGUAUACGUGCGCUUCCGGAUAUUCGGAUGUUUACACGAACGUUUAUGCGUAUCGAAGCUGGAUAGGUCAACAUAGCGGUUAGGGUAUCUAGGUGGAGAAACGGUCGUAUCUUUUGUUCUCGGUAUCUUAAAGUUAAUAAACCUUAUCAUCGAGAAGUA